CUGCAAGAUGUCGGCUGGACCUGGACUGGAAUCCCUCGUAGAUCAGACAAUAUCAGUCAUUACAAAUGACGGACGCAAUAUAGUGGGUGUCCUAAAAGGCUUUGACCAGGCAACAAAUAUAAUUCUUGACGAGUCACAUGAACGAGUUUAUUCUACCAAGGAAGGUGUCCAGCAGCUUGUUCUAGGUUUAUACAUCAUUAGGGGUGACAACAUAAGUGUUGUUGGUGAACUGGAUGAGGAUCUAGAUUCCAAUUUAGAUUUGUCCAAGCUUAGAGCUCAUCCCUUAAAACCUGUCAUCCACUGAAGCAAACUUAUCUUAGUUGUUAGGGCUUAGGAGUUGCUUUUGUAUGGAACUGAACUCAUGAGCUUUGAGAAGCUGGGAUUGCAGGGUAGCAUGUUAUUUAAGUAUGUGCUUGGAUCCAUUUUUGUAAGAUGUAAUAGUAAUUUUAGACUCACAGAUUCACUGGUCAAAUAUAAAAUAGAAGUGUAUGUCACUGCUUGCAUGGGUGGGAAAAAAUCGCAUCUCUUAUUAUAUGUGAAAGCCAUGAUUUUAUUAUCACA